GGCGGGCCAUUCUCAGCUUCUCCUUCGCUUUUGGCACCAAUGUCGGAGGUGUUUGUGCCUGGAAGAAAUGGACUCUGGCAAUGCCCGGAUUUGAUCGUUCAGAGAUUCGAUCAGUUGAGUCUGUGAAUGGCGCCAAAACAGGACCCUAAGCCUAAAUUUCAAGAAGGUGAAAGAGUCCUGUGCUUUCAUGGGCCAUUGCUCUAUGAGGCAAAGUGUGUAAAGAUCAACAUUAAGGAUAAACUGAUUAAAUACUUCAUUCAUUACAGCGGAUGGAACAAAAACUGGGAUGAAUGGGUUCCUGAAAGCAGAGUUCUCAAAUAUGUGGACAGCAACCUUGCAAAACAAAAAGAGCUUCAAAAGGCCAAUCAGGACCAUUAUGUUGAGGGAAAGAUGAGGGGUUUAGCACCAAGCAAGAAGAUUGCUGCUGUGCAGCAGAAAAAUGUUGAUCUGAAAGUGAAAAAGGCAAAGCAGAAGACCCCAGGGCCGGGUGAAGGCACCAGCAGCGGAGAGACGCCGCAGGGACCACGGAGGAAAAGGGCUCGGGUCGAUCCCACUGUGGAGAGUGAGGAGAUGUUCAUCAACCGCGUGGAGGUGAAGGUGAAGAUUCCCGAAGAGCUGAAACCCUGGCUGGUGGACGACUGGGACCUCAUUACCCGACAGAAACAGUUAUUUCACCUUCCUGCUAAGAAGAAUAUAGAGACCGUGUUGGAGGAUUAUGCAAACUACAAGAAAUCUAAAGGAAACUCCGACAACAAGGAGUACGCGGUAAACGAAGUCGUGGCGGGGAUCCGGGAGUACUUCAACGUCAUGCUGGGCACUCAGCUGCUCUACAAGUUCGAGAGGCCACAGUACGCCGAGAUCCUGGCGGAGCACCCGGACAUGCCGAUGUCGCAGGUGUACGGAGCACCACACCUUCUGCGUCUGUUCGUUCGUAUUGGCGCCAUGCUGGCCUACACGCCGCUGGAUGAGAAGAGUCUGGCCUUGCUGCUCAAUUACCUCCAAGAUUUCCUCAAGUACCUGGUGAAGAACUCCUCCACGCUCCUGAGUGCCACCGAUUACGAGGUCGCGCCCCCAGAGUACCACCGCAAGGCUGUCUGAGCCCCCCCCCCCCCUUUCUCUUUGCCCUUUUAUCCUCUCUCACCUUUUGGAAAAGACACAAGAUUUUUUUUUUUUCCUUCCGUUGACUCAACAAGCAGCUCUUAGGUGUUUUUGUGCCACCCGAUAGAAAUUUGUUACCGUUGCAUGUAUGUAUGUAUUAGUGUUUGUCCUGCAGUACAAGGUGCCAUCGGAUGCUGGACCACCUGGUCAUCACUCAGCAGCUGAUGUUUUUGUAUCUGUAUCUUGUUCAUUUGUAUCAAUUUGUUUAAAAAAAAAAGUUUCUACACAAUUUA